AUGCCGAGUCUCCUCUCAUCAACCGAGAUCGAAUAUGAACUCGCACACAUCCAUGACAAUCGAGCACCCAACGUUGUUAUUUCUGCUGCAAUAUGCAUUUCCUUGGCCAUUACCGCAGUACUUCUACGCCUGCUCGCUCGCCGUCUGAGCAAAGCGAGAAUACUUGCCGAUGACUACAUGAUCCUCUUCGCCCUGAUUAUAUGCAUGGGUCAGGUCGCUGCGUGCCUUUACUCGGUACAUCUUGGAGCAGGAAAACACGUCAUUCUCCUCAAAGACCCAGCAGCAUACGCUAAGACCAUCAUAGCAAUGGAAGUGCUCUACUGUAUUGGCACCGCCGCCUUCAAGUACUCCGCACUCCUCCUCUUCCACCGCAUCUUCGGCUCCGUUCCUCGCUUUACCGCCUUCCUCUGGUGCUUCGCCUUUGUAAUCCUUGCCAACAACAUCGCCGAGGUCUUCCUCUCCAUCUUUCAAUGCACACCCGUGCACAAAGCUUGGGAUUUGAAUGUCGAAGGCUCUUGCGUGAACAUUCUCUUAGCAGCCUGCAUACCCGGCUCUCUCAAUGUAAUCUCGGAUGUCGUUACUUUCCUGCUGCCAAUACCGUUGAUCUGGAACUUGCACAUGGAGCGGAAUCGAAAGAUCCAAUUAGUGGGCAUCUUCCUCUUAAGCGGCUUGUACGUCCCUCACCAGCGCUCGCUCUCCCUCCAAUCCUCCCAGCGUCACCACGCUGACCCCGCAAACCUCACGAAAGCGUCUGCAUAG